AUGAAUGUAACAGUUUUCCAGACUGAGGAUGAACUGAUAUAUUGCUACUCAGGCAUAAAUGGAUCCUGCACAAAAAGGUUUCAUUCAUCUGCUUUACAAAGUGCAUUAUGCAUUCUGUUUUCUGUUGGUACUAUUCUUACAAUAACUGGAAAUAUUAUGGUAAUUAUCUCAAUAUGUCUGUUCAAACAACUGCACUCCCCCACAAAUUUUUUAAUUCUGUCUUUAGCUAUUGCUGAUUUUCUGUUAGGGGCAACAGUACUGCCUUUCAGUGCAGUGAGAGCCAUUGACACCUGCUGGUAUUUCGGGGAGGCUUUCUGCACUUUUCAUACCAGCUUGGAUGGGGGCAUUUGUGUAACAUCAAUUUUUCAUGUUUGUCUUAUAGCUGUAGAUCGUUACUUUGCUAUUAUAUAUCCUCUAAUAUAUCCUAUAAGAUUUACUGUAUGCACUACUGUUUUUUUACUGAUAUUUGCCUGGACUGUUUCCAUGGGAUAUGUGUUUUUUUUGUUCUACUCAGGAGUUGCUAACGAAGGACUGGAGGAGCUUAUAAUGGCUAUUAGCUGCAAAGGUAAUUGUCAGAUUCUAACAAAUGCAAAAUGGGGGUUAAUUAACUCACUUAUAUUUUUUAUUCCAUUUUCAUUAAUGACUUGCAUGUAUGGUAGGAUUUUUAUGGUUGCAAAAAAGCAAGCAAAACUGAUAGAAAGCUUAGCAGAUCAAACUGGUGCUGCAGGUAAGAAUAGUAACAGAGUCAGAAAGCGAGAGAGGAAGGCUGCAACAACUUUAGGCAUAGCAAUGCUAGCAUUUGUUGCAUGCUUGUUGCCAUAUUUCAUAAUAAGUGUUAUUGAUGGAUUCCACAAUAUUAUCAUUCCACCAUUUGUUUAUGAUAUUAUUAUUGGAAUUUAUUAUUUUAACUCUGCACUGAAUCCACUGAUAUAUGCAAUUUUUUAUCCAUGGUUUCGAAAAUCAAUUAAGCUAAUUGUAGCCUGUAAAAUUUUCACUUCUGAUUUUAUCACAAUAAAUGUAUUUAAACAAUAG